GUGGUAGGUGGAGGGAGUUGCUCCGGACGGUAGGUGGAGGGAGUUGCUCCGGGUGGUAGGUGGAGGGAGUUUCUCUGGGCGGUAGGUGGAGGGAGUUGCUCCGGGUGGUAGGUGGAGGGAGUUUCUCUGGGCGGUAGGUGGAGGGAGUUGCUCUGGGCGGUAGGUGAGGGAGUUGCUCCGGGCGGUAGGUGGAGGGAGUUUCUCUGGGCGGUAGGUGGAGGGAGUUUCUCUGGGCGGUAGGUGGAGGGAGUUUCUCUGGGCGGUAGGUGGAGGGAGUUUCUCUGGGCGGUAGGUGGAGGGAGUUGCUCCGGGCGGUAGGUGGAGGGAGUUUCUCUGGGCGGUAGGUGGAGGGAGUUGCUCCGGGCGGUAGGUGGAGGGAGUUGCUCUGGGCGGUAGGUGGAGGGAGUUUCUCUGGGCAGUAGGUGGAGGGAGUUUCUCUGGGCGGUAGGUGAGGGAGUUGCUCCGGGCGGUAGGUGAGGGAGUUGCUCCGGGCGGUAGGUGAGGGAGUUGCUCCGGGCGGUAGGUGGAGGGAGCUGGCAGGACCAUGAAGCAGGGCUGGUUUGUCUGGGCUCUCUGUGGCCUCCUCCGCUUGGCGAGUAGCUCCGGCCCGGAGCCGCUGACCAUUGCGGUGGUCCUGCCCCAGAACAACACGGCCUACCCGUGGGCUUGGCAGCGGGUGGGGCCGGCAGUCCGUCUCGCCAGGGACAACAUCAACAAGGACCCCAGCCUGCUGGCCAGGUACCAGCUGCGCUACGUGUUCGGGAACUGUGAAGAUGGGCACGGCACCUGCUCGGAGUCCAUCGCCCCCUUGGUGGCCGUGGACCUCAAGUUUGCCAACAACCCCGAUGUGUUCGUUGGGCCCGGGUGUGUGUACACGGCGGCACCGGUGGCUCGCUUCACCGGGCACUGGAAGGUGCCCAUGUUGACCGCAGGGGCACCUGCUUACGGCUUCUCCUCCCGGUCCCACAACUACCCGCUGAUGACGAGGACCGGCCCCUCUCACGGCAAGCUGGGGGAGUACGUGGCCCUCAUCCACCAACGCUUCAACUGGACCAAGAGAGCCCUGAUCAUGUACAACGAUGAAAAGACGGAUGACAGACCCUGCUACUUUGCGGUGGAAGGCCUCUAUCAGGAGAUGCCCAAAUUCAAGAACCUGACGGUGGUCGACAUCCCCUUCAAGGAGAGCGGAUCCAUUGACUACACCUUCCUGAUUCAGGAGAUCAGGCAGAAAGGGCGGAUCAUCUACAUCUGCUGCUCCCCCAACACGUUCCGCCAGCUGAUUCUCCACGCCAGGCGGGCGGGCAUGACCGGCGGCCAGUACGCCUUCUUCCACUUGGACGUGUUCGGGGAAAGCCUGCGGGGGGCAGGCGGGCAGGCGCCGCCGUUGCCGUGGAGACGGCAGGACCCGGACGACGAGGACGCCAGGGAGGCCUAUGCGGCGGUGAUGGUUAUAACAUACAGGGAGCCAGACAACCCUGAAUAUAACCAGUUCGUGCAAGAUUUAAAAGAAUAUGCCUUCCGUUAUUUCAAUUUCACCAUCGAGGAUACCCUGAUGAACUAUAUUGCUGGAGCUUUCUAUGACGGAGUCAUGCUGUAUGCCCAUGCGCUGAACGAGACGCUCGCUGCUGGGGGGAGUACCAGGAAUGGGGUAACCAUUACCCGGCAGAUGUGGAACCGAACCUUCCAUGGAGUGACUGGCUCUCUGAAGAUGGAUGAAAAUGGGGACAGGGAGAAUGACUUCUCACUGUGGGACAUGACCGAUACCGAUUCCGGAACAUUCCAGGUGGUGUCUCAUUACAAUGGGACGGUGAAGAGAAUCCUGCCUGUUGCUGGAGUGGAGAUUCACUGGCCUGGGAACAUGGUGCCAAAGGAUGUUCCUCACUGUGGAUUUGAGAAUGAGAAAUCAACCUGCCAGAAAGGAAGAGCUUUUACGAUGCUGGAGGUCCUAUCAAUCGUCGUCAGUCUGAUUCUCCUCAUCAUAACCAUCACCUCGUUCCUGAUCUACAGGAAGUUUAAGCUGGAGAAGGAGCUGGCGAGUGAGCUGUGGCGUAUACGCUGGGAGGACAUUCAACUCAGUAACCUAGAGAAGAACCUGCGGAGUAUGGGCAGCAAGCUGACCCUGUCAUUGCGUGGUUCGAACUAUGGAUCUCUGGUGACAAAUGAAGGGCAGUACCAGGUGUACGCCAAGACAGCAUAUUACAAGGGUAACAUUACGGCUAUUAAACACAUCAACCGGAAGAGGGUGGAGCUGACUCGCACUGUGCUUUUUGAGCUCAAACACAUGAGAGACGUACAAAACGAACAUCUGACCCGCUUCAUAGGAGCCAGCAUCGACCCGCCAAACAUCUGCAUCAUUACAGAGUACUGUCCUCGUGGGAGCUUACAGGACAUUUUGGAAAAUGAGAGCAUUACCCUGGACUGGAUGUUUCGAUACUCGCUGAUCAAUGAUAUUGUCAAGGGAAUGGCAUUCUUGCACAACAGCGUCAUCGGUUGCCAUGGAAACCUCAAAUCCUCCAACUGUGUGGUUGACAGUAGGUUUGUUCUGAAGAUCACUGAUUAUGGGCUGGCCAGCCUCAGAUCAACACUCGAUUCAGAGGACCAGCAUUUGAUGUAUGCAAAGAAACUAUGGACAGCCCCAGAGAUCCUGAGGGUGGAGAAUCCCUCGACAGGGACUCAGAAAGGGGACGUGUACAGCUUCGGGAUCAUCCUGCAAGAGAUAGGACUGCGGAAUGGACCCUUCUACAUUGAGGGCCAAGAUCUCAGCCCCAAAGAAAUUAUUGAAAAGGUGAAGAGUGAUCAGUGGCCGCACUUUCGCCCCAGCACGGGCCUGAGCUGUCAAGUGGAGGAGGUGAGCCUGCUCAUGCAACGAUGCUGGGCUGAAGAUACCCUCGAGAGGCCCGACUUCAACCAGAUCAAGAUCCUCCUCCGCAAGUUGAACAGGGAGAACAGCUCCAACAUUCUGGACAACCUCCUGUCGAGAAUGGAACAGUACGCCAACAACCUGGAGGAGCUGGUGGAGGACCGGACACAGGCUUACCUGGACGAGAAACGGAAAGCUGAGGCGUUGCUCUACCAGAUCCUGCCACACUCUGUGGCUGAGCAGCUGAAGAGAGGGGAGACGGUCCAAGCUGAGGCCUUCGACAGCGUCACGAUCUACUUCAGCGACAUUGUGGGCUUCACAGCCAUGUCUGCAGAGAGUACCCCAAUGCAGGUCGUGACAUUGCUCAAUGAUCUCUAUACCUGUUUUGAUGCCAUUAUUGACAACUUUGAUGUUUACAAGGUUGAGACGAUUGGUGAUGCCUACAUGGUGGUCUCAGGCUUACCCGAGCGUAAUGGGAAACUCCACGCGCGAGAGGUGGCCCGGAUGUCUUUGGCUCUGCUCGAAGCAGUCAAAACGUUCAAAACACGUCAUCGGCCAGACCAACAACUGAGGCUGAGAAUUGGAAUCCACACGGGGCCGGUGUGUGCUGGCGUGGUCGGCUUAAAGAUGCCCCGUUACUGCCUGUUCGGGGACACGGUGAACACGGCCUCUCGCAUGGAGUCCAACGGUGAAGCCCUGAAGAUCCACAUGUCAUCAGCCACGAAGACUGUGCUGGAGGAGUUCAGAUGCUUCGAGCUUGAUUUGCGAGGAGAUAUUGAAAUGAAGGGGAAAGGGAAGAUGAGGACGUACUGGCUGCUGGGUGAGCGCUCUGUCAGCAGUCACGGCUGACCUCCCGCCGUGACCUCACCCGUCCUCCCCACUGCCUCCACUGCCCUCACACAACCCCAUUCCUUCCCCCUCCUGUGUGAUCGGAAGGGGCCAUCUCUCGACCUCCGGGAUAAAGGGGAGUCUUUCUCCAGACUGUGGAAGAGCGCGGCGUUCCGGAUCCUGCUGGUGCUGCCCCAGAGCGGGAGGAGGGGAGAAUCUUACGCUUGAUUCUGUCUCGGUCACCCUCGCCAUCUUCGUCCGUCCGUUGUGACUCUGUGUGUGUUGCUCAGAGACUCGUGACUUUAUAACU